ACUAGAGACGCAUCACAACACAUAAGCCCCUCCCUCUCUCUCUCUCUCUUUCAGAUCCUCGUCUUCUCCAUCUUCCUCCUCCGAUUUCUAGGGUUAGGUUUUAACCUCCAAAAAUUCCCAAAUCUGAUCCAGAAAUUCUCUCUCUGCAAGUGAAAAUGGCGUGGCGGAACUUCUACCACGAGAUCAAGGGCUUGAAGGUGAAGGAAUUGCCGAACCACGUGAAGCCGAUGCUGUCGAUCGACUACGCGAAGAAGGCCGUGGAGAGAGCGCUCGACAACUACCACGCCAAGUACAUCCAGACGAGCUCCAUCGACCCUCUCUACCAUGUCUGCUUCGGCGGCAUGAUCUUCUCCUACCUCGUCGCUCUUCCCGAGGAGCGCCGCCACCUCGAGCACCAGCAGCACGCCAAGGAACACGGCCAUUGAUCAAUUUCAUCUUCGGAUCCAUGAGCUUUACUGGUGUUAAUUUGGUGGCCAUUCGUUUGUUUGAUGCUUUCGUUCUUUCAAUAUCUGAACAUUGUAGACAGAAAGAUACUGUCUUCGGUGCAUGGCAGCAUUUUAGUGAUAAAAAUAAAAAUCUUGAUUGAGCAGUUACUUCUUUACUUUGCGCUCUGGCCAUUUAAAAAAAUAAUGGUUAUCAGGGGAAAACACCUUUGUAAUUUACUGUUGGUCUUUUGGUGAUUUAUGUUGAUGAGAUGACAUUUUCCUGCUGUCUUUACCCCAAAA